UUUCUGAUGUUUUUUACAACAGGAAGAGACCGACCUCACUAUUUUUUCCGGUAGGUAUUUUCCACACUGUGCUGUCAAGGUAUAAAAAAUGACUCAAAACUACUGUCAAAUCUUAGGUAUGAUGAUGACAGCAAAAUCUAAAUGUAAUGAGCAACCUUUGCAUUCUCUUCACUGUUUACCUGUAGGAAAAUUGUUUUUGAUAAAUACUCUGUGACUCAUCAUAUCUAGUCAUCUGAAACUAAGUAAACAGGUGAGCAGCAAGAUUGUGAACAUGCUAACAACAAUCCUGUUUCGCAUUCAUAUAUUUCAUUUAGAGCUUUAUUUAACUUUUACAAUUUAUAAACUUACUUGUUAGUCCUUUAAAUUAGUAAACCACACUUGCCUUCCAUUUUAUGUGUAUCAUAAAUACGUAAAUGGCAGUAAAGUAGUCAUCAUUCACUCAUGUUGUUCCAAACUUAUCUGACUGACUUUCUUCUGUAGAACAUAUUUUGAGAAAUGUAUCAGUGUUUUUUUGUCCAUACGAUAAAAGUCAAAAGUCACCAAAACUCUUUGGUUUCUAAUAUUAAGUCCCAUGAAAAAAAAAAGAAAGCCAUUCAAGUUCAAAACGACAUGAGGGUAGAAUAAUUAUGGCAUAAAUUAUGAACUUUUCAUGGGAUACAGGGGCUGCCUCAUUGGUCAGAUCUCAAACAGAAAAACAAAAGCGUGAGAUCGAAACUGCAUCUGGAUACCUGAAUGCAGAAACACCUGAGCCCUUUUCAGGAGUCCAACGCAGAUGUCCAAAUUUUCUCUUUUUACAUGACCUGUCCACAUUGUCCAAGGAAUCUGGUUAGUCUGGUAGCAUGUGGACUAAUGGAGGCAUGGUCUGUGCACUGCACACGCCUCCCAGUCAUUGUCACCAGAGUGAAAGCUGAGCUGCAGACAGGAAUGAGUGAAGAAGGAAACAAGGCCUUCAAAAAGGCUUUAACCGUUGAGAGGAACAAAGAGGCCUCAGCAUAGCAGUGGACGUGUAUAAUUUAACCCCAGCGAGAUGGCUUCCCUUGGCAUGCACAUGCUGGCGAGUGCCUUGGCCUUACUGGGAUGGACUGGAGCCCUCCUGUCCUGCAUCAUGCCAAUGUGGCGUGUGACAGCCUUCAUUGGAACCACCAUUGUCACCUCAGAGACCAUGUGGGAGGGCAUUUGGAUGAGCUGCGUGAUACAAAGCACAGGCCAAAUGCAGUGCAAACCGUACGAGUCCACGCUCGCAUUAAGCUCAGAUCUGCAGGCCGCUCGGGCUCUCACGGUCAUGUCCAUCCUUUUAGGAGCGGUGGGCCUUGUUUUGGCCUUCAUCGGAGGAAAGUGCACCAUCUUCAUGGGCGGUUCCAAAAGAUCCAAAGCCAGAAUUGCAACAGCGGCCGGUGUGACGUUGAUCGUCGCUGGAAUUCUCUGCAUUAUCCCUGUCUCCUGGUCAGCUGGCAUUGUGGUACAAACGUUUUACAAUCCCCUGAUGACCGAUUCGCAGCGCAGGGAGAUUGGCGGUGCCAUUUAUGUUGGUUGGGGUGCAUCUGUCAUCCUCAUGUUGGGUGGAGGAAUGUUGUGCACCACCAUCUGCAAAGACAAAACAGAGGAUGACAGCGGUCCUUCAGUGAAGUACCUGAUCGUGCGCUCGUCGCAGGCAGGGUCCAGCAGGGCGGGCUCGCAGAGGAUGCGCCCCAUCUCUGUGAGGUCGAUGCAGAGUGCCACUCCAUCUGUGAGGUCCCAAUGGAGUCAGAAAGUUCCAAUGAAUCAGGGUAGACCUCCCUCCACAGACUCCCACCAGAGCAAGCCAUCAACUACAAAGUCCCAGCUUGCCAGAGCCGAAUCGAUGCCAGAGUCUGAGCAGGACAAGGGGGCGUGGACAAAGUCCCAGCUGAUUGAUGAUGGUUUGGAUCAAAUGCUGGUCCCCUCUGAACCUAGUGAGACACCUGAAGAUGCUCCAAAGACAUACAUUUGAUUAAGAAGACAAUGAAAAUGCAAGAUCUGUGUUGACUGAGGGACUUACAUGGACUUGGACAGUCAUAUACCUGCUACAGCACUGUGAAUGAGGAAUUAUUGGUCAAAUGAAGAAAUAAAAUUAAGAAUUUAGUGGCUGAACAUUAUUAUGUAAAACUGAUAAUGAUCACAGUUCUUUUUUAGUUUAUUUUGUGUUUUUUAGAGAAGCACUUUAGGAAGUGCAGCUGAUUGAGACGAAGAUUUAUAAUGUAAAAAAAUAUUAAAAUAACUGAUGCCGUUACAACAAACAUAUGGAAAUUUGUCUGUUUCAUUUUUUUUUUUUUUUUUUUUAUUGUUUUUUUUUACCUGCUAAGAUACAAGCUGCUCAACAGUCUCUGUACAAUCCCAAUAUACACCUCCACAUCAAUGAUUCCUUCACAUAUGCAAGUAACUCAUGCCAUUUGCACUGAUGUAUCUCCAUGCCAUAACAGAUGUGUGCUUUUGCAACUCUCUCUGAUGAAAGUCUGGAUGAUCCUUUUAGUCUUUGGGACUGAGAACUCACUGUCCAUAUUUCCCAAAAACAUGCUGAAGGGUGGACUCAUCUGACCACAGCACACAUUUCCACAGUUAUUCGGACCAUCUGAGAUGAUCCCAGAGAAAUCUGCACCAUCUCUGCAUAGAACUGAUGUAUAGAUUUCUACUUGUGUAACAGAUAUUCAAGUUGCAUUUCUUGAUGCAGCGGCAGAGUUAAGUGACAACGGUUUUCCAACAUACUCUCGAGCCCAUGUGGCUAUUUUUAAUAUACUAGCAUGACGGUUUCUCAUGCAAUGCCAUCUGAGCUGUCAAAGGUCAAGCAUAUUCAACAGAGGUUUCACAAGUCCACACUUACAAAUAAGUCAGAGAAAAUAAUAUGCGUAUUUGGCGUGCUGUCCGAGGAGAUGACUCCGAGCUCCGUAUUUGGCCCGAACCCAGAGUACUCCCCCUUGUAUUUCUGGUUAGGAAAGUAACCAGGCGAGUGUGAGGAGACGGGGUGGUGGAGGGAUGCUGAAAACUAUAGUGAGAACUAUAGGUGAGUCUCCUGAGCUCCUGCGGGAGCAGGGGGAACAUGUUAAUUCAGUGGAGAAAUUUUCAAAGAACCGAGCUCCUGUGGGAGCAUAAAGGAACAAUCACUUCUGUGGCAGUGGAGAUAGUUUCUAGAGAAAACUGAGUUCCUGCUGGAGCAGGGGGAACAUCGCUGCUGUGGUAAUGGGAAACUUUCCCAAAGAAACUGAGCUCCUGCGGGAGGGAAUGUCAACUGCUGUGUCAUUGGAGAAAGUCGUAAAAAGUUUUACCAUAUACAAGUCACAAAGAAAGUGUAAACUGGCGUCGCAUCAAUUACACCUUUUCCGUAAGAUUAAUAGGGAAGGUGCAUGCCGUAGCAUAAGCUUUGCAAACUGCAAGAGGUUUACACUUUCUGCGUACAUUGAAUACGGAAGGUGGUCUGGCGGAAGCUCGAUGUUCGACUUCAUAAC